AUGCUGUUUUCCAAAAUCCGCAAAAUCAAUCUCUCAUCUGCAAAGACACACGGAGCCCGCACAAUGGCCGCCACCCACGCCAAUUCACGGCGCAGCGCCAGAUCUGCCGCCACCACGCCGGCGCGUCAAGGCCUGCGCUCACAGAUGCGCAUCACCAAGAAUAAGCACACAGUCGCCUCCGAAAAGGCCGCCAUCAAGCAAGAGAUCAAAACGAAAAUCAAGCCCGAAGCCGCCGACGACGACAGCAGCCUAUCCUCGGUACCGCUCUCGUCCCUCGCCGACGCCAAGCCCGCCGCAAAAUCACCCCGGAAGUCCAAGUCGAAGAAGCAGACGCAGCACGUCACCGCCACCCCGUUCCCAGACUUUGCGCGCCCUUCGGUCAAAGAAUGCGAGCAGGCCCAUGCCAUCCUCACGGGCCUGCACGGCGCGCGCACGCGUCCCGCGCAGGUCGUCGCCUCCAAGUCGGCCGCCGGCUGCGGCGACUCGCCCUCUGUACUGGACGCUCUAGUCCGCACCAUCCUCUCGCAAAACACCAGCUCGGCCAACUCGACGCGCGCCAAGAAGAGCAUGGACGCCGUCUACGGCGGCUCCGACCGCUGGGACGCCAUCGCCUCUGGCGGACAGGCCAAGCUCCAAGCCGCCAUCCAGUGCGGCGGGCUCGCGGCGACCAAGAGCAAGGUCAUCAUCAAUAUCCUAGAGGCGGUGCGCAGCAAGUACGGGGCGUAUUCGCUGGACCACCUGUUCAACGCCAGUGACGAGGCGGCUAUGAAUGAGAUGCUCGCGUUUCCGGGCGUGGGGCCCAAGACGGCGAGCUGCGUGCUGCUGUUUUGCCUGCAGAGGCCAAGCUUUGCGGUCGAUACGCACGUGUACAGGCUCACGGGGGUCAUGGGAUGGCGCCCGCAGGAGGCGACGAGGGAGCAGGCGCAGGCGCAUCUGGACGCCAAGGUGCCGGAUGAGCUCAAGUAUCCGCUGCAUGUGCUGCUGAUUUCGCAUGGGCGGACGUGUGGUGCGUGCAUGGCAAAGGCUGCGGCGGGGGAGUCAUGCAAGUUGCGCGAGGCAUUUGAGUAUGAAAGAAAAAUGUAUUGUAAUGUAAAGUAG